AUGAUUACCGUGAUAUUGAAAUCCAACACUUUUAGCUGUCUUAAGCAGUCCAGUGGGGUGGUGGUGUACUGCAAUCAUAAAGAACUUGGUUGUCUGUAUCUCAUAACCGGAGUCAUCUUCAGUAUUCUAGGAACUAUAAUGUCUUUGUUUAUUCGAUUUGAGUUAUACAGUUCUGGAUCGCGGAUCAUUUGUACAGAGACGAUAGCUACUUAUAAUGUGAUAAUAACGAUACAUGGCCUAGCUAUGAUCUUUAUGUUCUUAAUGCCUGCUUUGUACGGAGGAUAUGGUAACUUCUUUGUACCAAUAUAUAUUGGUGGUUCGGAAGUCGUUUUCCCAAGAACUAACGCGAUCUCCUAUUUUCUAGUACCAUUAGGUUCUGUGUUGUUAACUCAAAGUAUUUGUUCCGAGUUUGGUAGUGGUCUUGGUUGGACAAUGUAUCCUCCACUAAGUACUAGCUUGAUGGUGUUAAAUCCAGAGGCAACUGAUUGGAUUAUCGGAGGUCUUGCAGUACUAGGAAUUAGUAGUAUUUUAAGUUCUAUUAACUUCCUUGGUACUUGCGUCUUCAUGGGUUCUAAUGCUGGUGCUAAGAACUAUAUUCUAUAUAUCUGGGCUAUCAUAUUUACUGCCCUUAUGUUAGUCUUCACUCUACCUAUUCUUACUGGUGGAUUAGUUAUGAUCCUUCUUGAUCUACACGUAAACACUGAAUUUUAUGAUUCUAUGUAUUCUGGUGAUAGUGUACUUUAUCAACAUCUAUUCUGGUUCUUCGGACAUCCAGAGAUAACUCCAUACCAGUGA